GAGAGGACAUUUUGUCUGUGGGCGCUUUCCGGUCUCGAUCUUGGACUUCCAGUUCUCAUCUUGCGCAUUUUAGAUCCCAAUUAAUGUGUUUAGGUCAUCGCGAACAUGUCGUUAAUGAAGACACAGCAGUUUUUGUCCUGGUGUUUCUUGAGACAGAUGUCCCCCCUGCACACUGUCCCUCGCCGCCUCAACUCCAACAGGACAUCAGUAGCCCGUUGCAACCGCCACAAAUAUGAACGUUUGUACUCAGUGAUGCUGGUGAGGAAAGACGGCUCCACCAUCAACAUCAGAUACAAAGAACCGAGACGCAUCCUCAUGAUGCCGGUGGAUCUGUCCACUUUGUCUGAGGAGGAACGUCGCAGUCGCCAGAAAAAGCGAGAAGUGAAGAAGGAGGUGAAAGAGACAACAGUCCACUAUGAGGAUGACUUCAAAGUUGACAAGUACAGUCAGUUCUGGAAGAAGAAAUUAUAAUAAAAAAAGACUCUUCAUGUGUCUGUAUUUGUUUUAGGCACAUCAUUAUGGCUGUAAGGCAAUUCUUCCAAAUAAUUCAAUACAGCUUACUUUGGUGUUUUUUUUUUAAAUGGGAUGUGUUAGGAUAAUAAAACAGGACAAUGCAUAUUUCAUCAUCAAUUCUCCUUGUGAUUGUGUUAAUGGACCAGUAUCUAUUUAUCAAUGAGUAAAAAUGCUUACUGUCCAUCUUCUCUAUAUUAUAUAUUAAAU